AUGAACUCAACUACAGCAAAAAACGUUUUGUACGAUAUUUUUGAUUUUUUUUGUGGAAAUAAUAUUACGCUUAAUGAUAUCAUUACAUAUGGUAAUCAAUUUGAUCUUAAUAACAUUUUAUUACCGACUAAUUUUAGAACAAUUUAUGAAGAGUGGGAUUACAAUAGAAGAGAUGAUGAGGCAAUGAAACUAAUUCCUGAAAAAUAUGCAGAUUAUGUUUGUAUUAGAUCUACCGCAGAUGGAAAUUGCUUUUUUAAUAGCGCCUCAUUGAUUGUCUAUGGGCAUGAAGAAAAUCAUAUACAAUUACGUUUAGCUGUAAUGAUUGAAUUAAUGGCUAAUGCAGAUUAUUAUUUGCAACAAAAAAUUUUUGAACAAGAUGUACUUUAUCGAGAUGAAGCGUUAAAUACAAAUAUGGAAAAAGUUGAUAUGUUUAAAAAAACUCAGGAAUACAUUGCUGAAUUAAAAUUAAUGUGCAAGCCACAUUCUUGGUGUUCAAUGGUUGCGUUUUUUGGUUUAGCAUCAGUAUUGCAUAGACCAGUAGAAUCUCUUUUUCCAAAUACUGGAAGUGAAUUUAUGAAUCGGAUUUAUAAUUGUGUUAUAAUGCCAAGACAAAAUCCACAUUACUAUCCGCCAUGUAUUAUUAUGUGGAGUUCUCUUUCUGCAACAAGUUUUCAAAAUAGCGGUAAAUCUAAUCAUUUUGUACCGGUAUUUAAGAAAAAAUCAUCAUAUUACGAUUCAAAUUUACCACAAUUUUUGGAAAAAACUAUUCCUAAAGAUCUACUAUCAUCAUCUUUUCAGGACAAUUAUAUUAAUUUAGCAGUUGAUGAAGUAGAAUCUAAUAAUAAUAAUAAUAUAAUUACAGAUGAAGUAGAAUUUAAUAAUAAUAAUAAUAUAAUUACAGAUGAAUUAGAAUCUAAUAAUAAUAUAAUUACAGAAAAUGAAAAUUAUGACGAAGUUCAAAAUAAUAUAAUUGGAUUAUUUAUGGGCGUUGACAAUAAAUAUAUUCCCAAUAUUGAUAAAUUAGAUGGUUAUUUAAUUUAUCCGGAGGCUAAGGAUUUUCAAUUUACAAUAUCACAAGAAGAAGCGUCAUCUUUAUUUAUAUAUAAUAUUGAAAACUGUAAUUAUCAUUGGAGGCCUUGGCAAAUUAGUAAUUAUUAUUUAGUUGAAUUACUUAAAGGACAGUCUGAGUUUCCACCACAAAUUUCAAUUUCUGUUCUAAAAACAUCUGAAACAAAUAAAAAUUUGAUUAAAUACUGCUAUUGUGGAGGAUGUGAUAAAAAAAAUCAAACAUUAUUCAGAAUAAUCAUUAAUAAUAUUGAUUUAAUUCAAUCAAAAGAGUUUGUUAAAAUUAAUGUAAUAUAUUCAACAAAUAAAAGGCAAUGUAGACAUUUAGAUGGAAAAAUUUUUGGUCAAUGUCGAGGAUAUGCUAGACAAGUAUUAUCGAGAUCAGUAGAAUUUAAAUCCCCCCGACAGAUGAGAAAAAAAAUACUAUCAAACGUUAAAAAUGAAGUUCGUUAUACUGGCAAUCGUCAAGGUAUACCAUCAGCUCAUUCAGCUCGAACAAUUUAUUCUGAAAAAGAAAAAAAUGAAUCGGGUUACAAUUUAUGUGAACGGUUACAUGCAGCCAUAGGAGAUAUAAAUGGCAAAGAAAAGGAUGAUUAUAUUAAGAUUAAUGGAGCUGAUUUAGUUAACAAACGUCGAUUAUGGGGUUUUAUUCAAGAACCAAUUCAAACACAACCUUUAUCAGUCAUGAUAUUUAAUGAAGCAGGAAUCACAUAUUAUCAUUAUAAUGUAAAUAAUAAUCCUGGAAUUUUUUUGGAUUAUACAGGUCAAUUAGUAAAACCUGUACCUCAAUAUCUUACACCAUUAAAUAAUUCGAACAACAAAAGAAUUUUAAAUGCUUUUUUCACGAUGCCAUCAAAUGAAAAUUCUUCAGAUGCACCGCCAGUAGAUGUAUUUGAAUUGUGCACGAAACUUACUAGUGGCUAUAUUAGAAGUGUAUAA